UAUUCAGACUUUCAUUCCUGAAGAAUAAUUUUUUUUUAAUGUGAAAACCCAUGACAAUACAAUAAAUAGAAAACCAUGGUUAACAAAAUAAAAACUGUCUUCACAAAUUACCACCUGAAGUAAGAUGUCUCGUUUCGAAGCUAAAAAGCCAUCAUUGUGUAAAAGCGAACCACUGACAAGUGAGCGAGUUAGGGCCACACUUUCCGUCUUGAAAGGAAUCGUAACGUCGUGCUAUGGCCCUUUGGGUCGGCUGAAGCAGCUGCACAACGGCCUUGGAGGCUCUGUGUGCACAACCUCACAGUCGUCGGCCCUGCUCGCUAACCUCUCAGUCACCCAUCCCAUUUUAAAGAUCCUGACAACUUCCAUGCAGAAUCACGUGUCGUGCUUCAGUGACUGUGGCUUAUUCACAGCCAUUCUUUGCUGCAACCUGAUUGAAAAUGCUCAGAGAAUAGGUUUGACACCCAGCACUGUCAUUAAAUUAAAUAAGCACCUUUUGAGGCUCUGCAUCAGUUACCUCAAGUCUGAAGCCUGUGGUUGUCGAAUUCCAGUUGACUUUAGUAGUACCCAGAUCCUCCUUUGUUUGGUGCGAAGUAUACUAACCAGUAAACCUGCCUCUAUGCUCACCAGAAAGGAAAUAGACCAUAUCAGUACUUUGAUUCUGAGAGCCUUUUUGCUUACAAUUCCAGAAAACACUGAAGACCACAUCAUUUUAGGAGAGAGUAUAAUUGUACCUUUAAAAGGUCAAAGAGUUAUAGAUUCUACUGUGUUACCUGGAAUACUUAUUGAAAUGUCAGAAGUCCAACUGAUGAAGGGAUUACCUGUCAAAAAAUCAGACUCCCUCAAGGUGGCACUCUUUUGUGCAUCUUUAUCUGGAGACCUUUCUGAUACUGGAGAAGGAACUGUGGUGGUCAGUUAUGGGGUUUCUCUUGAAAAUGCAGUCCUGGACCAGUUGCUUAACCUAGGAAGGCAGCUAGUGAGUGAUCAUGUAGAUCUUGUUAUGUGCCAAAAAGUUAUACACCCAUCUUUGAAACAGUUUCUCAGUAUGCAUCGUGUUAUUGCCAUAGACAGAGUUGGAGUGGCUCUCAUGGAACCCUUGAGUAAAGUGACAGGAUCACAGCCUGUUGGUUCUCUGGGCUCAAUCUCCCCUAGUAGUUAUGGAAGUGUGAAGGAUUUGUGCACUGCAAAAUUUGGCUUCAAACAUUUUUUUCAUCUUAUUCCUAAUGAAGCAACUGUCUGCAGUCUGCUUCUCUGCAACAGAAAUGACACUGCCUGGGAUGAGCUGAAGCUCACGUGUCAAACAGCACUGCAUGUUUUGCAGUUAACACUCAAGGAACCGUGCGUUUUGUUGGGAGGAGGCUGUACAGAAACUCACUUGGCAGCAUACAUCAGACACAAGACUUGUAAUGAGCCAGAAAGCAUUCUUAAGGAUGAAGGAUGUAAUCAAACAGAACUUCACCUAAUUACUGAAGCGUUUUGCAGUGCACUAGAAUCUCUCGCUGCCUCUUUAGAACAUGAUGGAGGUGAAAUUCUCACUGACAUGAAGUAUGGACACUUUUGGUCACUUCAGGCAGAUUCUCCCUCUAUUGUCAACUGGCCAGAUUUGCUUUCAAGAUGUGGCUGUGGCCUAUACAACAGCCAGGAAGAGCUCAGCUGGUCUUUCCUGAGGAGUACUUGUCAUCCUUUUGCGCCACAAACCUUCCUUCCACAUGAAGCUGCAGGCUCAGCCAACUACCUGACCUUGGACUGUUUUACUGCUAAGCUUAAUGGCCUACAGGUGGCUGUGGAGACAGCCAAUUUGAUUUUGGAUCUUUCGUAUGUCAUUGAAGAUAAAAACUGAUAUAAGAGAAUAGCAUGUUUAUAUUACAAAAAAAAACUAGUCAGGUGUCAAUUAAGAAAAAUAUUGAAUGUACUUGUUCUCUCCCAAAGGCCUGUUCUGCAUAUCUGGAAAGAUGAUUCAUAAAAUUAUAGAUUUACUUAAGAAAAAAAGGUAUAAUUCUUGACUAGAAGUACCAUAGAAUAAUGAAAAUCUGAAGCAUUAUUAAAGAUAUUGUAGUUAUCUUAGGGAUUCCACUUUAUAUUGUUCUGAGUUUUUGUUGUUAUUUUGAUAUCAUCCUAAGAAUAUACAGAAAUAAAAAAAAUUUCCUA